CAUCAAGCUCCCCUGGCAGAAAGGCGCUUGAUGGAUGUAAAACUCCAAGACAUGCCUGCUUGGCUAGCCACUUGUAACUUGUCUCCACAGGGGGUGCUUGGAGCAACAUGCAGAGCCUGGAAUAGAUAUUACAAGAAGUACAUCAAUGUGAAGAAAGGUGGUGUGGCUGGAAUCUCAAUGCUGCUGCUGCUGCUGGGCUACUGUGUCCUGAGCUACACCUGGAGCUACAAACACAUAAAACACAGUCGCUGGCGAAAAUACCACUGAAGAUGACAAAGGAGUAUGUACCUGGAAGGAGCACGCGUGCAGAUUGAUCAUGCAUCUCGCCACAGAUCUAUUCUAAUAGGAACUGGACAUGUUGAGAACUGCUGUUGGAGCCACUGAAAUACUUCUUUUUGUCACCUGGAGUCACAAAUGUAUAACUAUUUCUGUUUAUUUUAUGGCACCCCUUGAAAGAAAGUUGUGGGUCAUGAUACAGAUAGAUGAACUAUUGCCACAUGUAGAAACAUGUGGCUUUCUGACAGAAGCCGACAGAUGUGGCACUGAUUUGGUGCCACGUGAGUUUUAAUAACUGUUUUCUGCUAUUAAAGACAACCAGAUUCAUUCUUAUCAUUUUAAAUAUAUGCAAUCAGUUCAGGUUG